CUUUGUUUACAGUCCCUAGUGUGGUGAUUUGCAUCCCCCUCUCUGGGUUGCUGUUGGCUGAGGCAGGCAGCUGUCUCAGUCGGAUUCUGGCUGGGAAAGAGGAGAUUCUUGUCCUGUAGUUUUAUUGACAGACGUGCUAUUACAGGCUCUUUUCGCAGAAGUUGACCGAAGAAGCUCAAGUGCUGCUGAUUCUUCCCUCCCAAGUCCAGUGGCUCCCCUGGUAAUGGAUUGCUUUUCUCGGAGCUUCCACCCUGGAGAGAACCCCCAGGUCUAGUCUGUGAACCCAGCUAGGAAAUAUCACUAGUAAAAAUGACUGAAGAGCCCAUAAAGGAGAUCCUGGGAACCCCAACGUCUUCCAAGCCUGUGACAAUGGAGAAGAGCCCCAACAGCGAAGUGGUGGUCACCACGGUCCCCUUGGUCAGUGAGAUUCAGUUGACGGCUGCUACAGGGGGUGCUGAGCUCUCCUGUUACCGCUGCAUCAUCCCCUUCGCCGUGGUGGUCCUCAUCGCUGGAAUAGUGGUCACUGCUGUGGCUUACAGCUUCAAUUCCCACGGCUCCAUAAUCUCCAUCUUGGGUCUGGUCCUCCUGUCAUCUGGACUUUUUUUGUUAGCUUCCAGUGCCCUGUGCUGGAAGGUGAGGCAGAGGAGCAAGAAAGCCAAGAGACGGGAGAGUCAGACAGCUCUUGUGGUGAAUCAGAGAAGCUUGUUUGCUUAGGACUGAAUCCCCAGUGGGAUAUGUGGCCUGA